GUGGAUGAUAAUGGGCAUGUUCGCUAUUUAGGUAGGUCUUCUGGGUUUUACCUUUUAGCAGACAGUCGAACAUAUCAGAAUGGCGCAUUUCACUUUUCCGGCUAUGCCCACAAAUUGAAGAUCAACACCAAAAAAGAAAUACCCAUCGAUCCUUUUGAACUGCCACCUAAAGAUUUGUCUGAACAUCUUAUCAAUCUUUACUUCACUCACUUUUAUCCUGUCCUACCAAUGUUCUACAAAAAGAGAUUAGUAUGUUCUUUAUCACCUUUAGAGACGGUUUCACCUUUAUUGUUGAAUGCAGUUUACGCUUUGGCAUCACGGGUUUCUUCGGAUGAACGAGUCCGUUCAGAUCCUUCAUCACCUGACACAGCAGGUGACAUUUUCUUUGAGCGGGCUCGAUGUUUACUGGAUGAUUAUUAUGAUACCCCAAAAAUAUCGACAGUACAAGCUUUAUUGCUCAUGACAAGUCAUCAAAUGGGUACUAUGAAGUCGCCGCGUGCUUGGUUGUAUAGUGGAAUGGCAUUUCGAAUGGCGCAAGAUUUGGGUCUCAACCGAAAUUGUGACAAUUGGAGCAAUAUCACACCUGAAGAAAGAGAACGGAGAAAACGUGUCUUUUGGUGCUGUUACAUGGUGGACCGCAUCAUCAGCGCUAUUUAUGGACGCUCUUCCAAUUUUGAAGAAAGAGAUUGUGAUGUGCCAUUCCCCUCUGUAGAUGAUGAUGAGCCAAUUACCUGCAAAAAUGGUUCUCGACCACCUGCUAGUCUUUUGGAGUUAUUUAUACAACAUAUCAAAGUCUGUGAUAUUUUAGGUCACGUCCUAAAAAAUAUUUAUUAUGCUCGGGCCAAGCAACAUCAGCAUCACCGUCAUAGCUCAGAUACUCAUUCAAUGGAUCAUAUUUUGAGGACUUUACAUCGACAUUUGAUACAAUGGCAUAGUAAUCUACCUGCAUCACUUCAGUAUGAACUGCCGAACACUCAAAAUGGAGAAGUGGCUCCUGACCCGCCUUCUGCUAUUUGCCAACUUCAUCUCAUGUAUUAUACAACAUUGAUUUUACUUCACCGUUCCUUUAUACCGGGUCCAUCACAGAAGCAGCUACCUAUUACUCUUCCCUCAUAUAAGAUUUGCGAGUCAGCAGCCACAUCAGUACUCGACAUUGUGCAAAUUAUGCUUGCAGAAGACCAUCUCAGAUAUGUGUACAACUUUGCUGUAUUUUACGUCUUUACGGCUGGUAUUAUAUUCAUCAAAUUAGCAUCAUCUCUCGAUCCCGAUCGUGCUUUUGAUGCCAAAAUCAAUAUCAAUCGAAUAAUGAGAGCAUUGGAUGAGCUGGAAAAGUCAUGGAUGAACGCAGCCCGUUGUAGCAAUAUAUUAGGUGAAUUGGCAGGCUUACGAGAUAUUCGGUUAGAAUGCAAUAAGUAUGUACCAGAUAAGGAAACGAAACCCAGUACACCACCGCCUUUUAUCGGCGUACCUAAUUCACCAGAGCCUGUAAAAGAUGAAGAUAUUGAAGAUGAACAACUACAAAUUGCAUAUAGUGUCUCAAACGUUCAAAGACCGCCUUCUUCUUGGGUGACGGAAUCAGUGUCGCCAUCAUCAUUUUUGGGCAAUUCAUCGUCCAAUGCAGCCCUUUCCGCAACACAAAUUCCUAUAUCAUCUGUUCGUCAGUCCAUUCAAAACCACCAAAGGACUCCCUCUUCGGAUAUGUUGCCACCUCGGACUCCAGAGGUCACGUCCAAUUUUGAUUCUGGGACACCACAGUACUACGCUCCUCCAGCACAGCAAGCAGGAAUCACGCCCGCCAUGGAUCCAUUUGCUGCACCUGGAAUUAUCCCAGGACCGAAUAAUCAAUCUGAAGAAUUUGACCCUCUAGCAACAGCAUUUUGGGGUAUGCCUUCUUCACUCAAUACAGAUGAGUGGAAUACUUAUUUCGACACGCUACAACAGCAA